AUGCCACCGCCCGUGAUCGUCCUCGACAACGGCGCCUCUACAAUCAAGGUAGGCCUCGGUCCUGAACCAAGAAUCAUUUCAAAUGCAGUCGUGCGGUCCAAGGGAGACAAGAUGUCGUAUUUUGGGCACGAGAUAGCACGUUGCGAGGAUUAUUCAUCUUUGCACUAUCGUCUCCCUUUCGAGAAGGGCUAUCUCGUUGACUGGGAUGCCCAAAAGGCCAUAUGGGAUGGCAUAUUUUCAGACGAAGUCUUAGGGGUCGAUACUACCCAAUCGUCUCUGCUGAUCACGGAACCUUACUUCAAUUUGCCCAAUAUACAAGACAUCUAUGAUCAGCUGAUAUUUGAAGAAUACGAGUUCAGUUCGUAUUAUCGAUGCUCUCCUGCAUCAUUGAUUCCAUAUGGGCAGCUCUUCUCUCAGCCAGGACUUCCGCCUCCUGAUUGCAUGAUCGUUGUCGAUUCAGGAUUUAGCUUCACGCAUGUUAUCCCUAUGAUCGACGGUAAAAUUGUCUGGAAUGUGGUCAAGAGGCUUGACGUCGGCGGGAAGCUACUGACUAACCAUCUGAAAGAACUAGUCUCCUUUCGUCAGUGGAACAUGAUGGACGAGACCUAUAUCAUGAAUCACGUUAAAGAGUCUUGCUGUUUUGUGUCCACUAAUUUCCAACAGGAUACAGAAACAUGUCGAAUAGAUCCGAAGCGCAACCCAAUCGUUCAAGAAUACGUCCUUCCUGACUUGUCGACGAAUCGGAAAGGACGAAUUCGCCAACCGGACGACAUUAUCACCGAAACCGAUCAAAUUCUGGUCAUGAACAAUGAACGCUUUACAGUACCCGAGCUUUUAUUUCGUCCUGAUGAUAUAGGAUUAGACCAGGCGGGACUGUCUUCUACGAUCGCCCAUUCGAUAUCACUUCUUCCCACUGAUUUGCAGGGCAUGUUUUGGGCUAAUAUUGGUCUAAUAGGGGGGAAUACGAAGUUCUCUGGGUUUCGCGACCGACUUUUGUCUGAACUGCGAAGCUUAGCACCGGUCGAAUGCGAGGUGGUCAUAUACGAAUGCGAGGACCCCAUCACGGAAGUUUAUAAAUCGGCAUACAACUUCGCCAUGGAUGACGGCUUCCUCAGCCAUGUAGUCACAAGGGCAGAAUAUGCAGAAAGUGGAAGCAGCGCUUCUCGUCGGAAAUUCCGGGAUUGGAGACCCCAGGAAUCCGAGAAGGAGAAGGUACGGGAAGCGGUACCAUCGAAACUGAAAGGGAAACAGCAGCAACAUCGAGAGGACGAUCGCUCCCAGGCGCCCAGCAAACCUACUAAGACACGAAGCACUAGAGCUGGCGCGGGAACAGGCAGCGCAUCGACGGCCCCACGCAAACGGUGA